AAUCAAAGAAAUGACAUGUAGUCAGGUACAAUGAAACGACCUUUCUAGCCACCAAAUGGGCUAUCCUAUUGCUACUCCGACCUACAAAUCUUACAUUAAACCCAGAGUGCACAACCAAACAAAGCAAGCCUUUUUUUGAAAAUAGCACCAACUUGAUUAUCGCGGUAAUUGGCCUGAUAGAUUAUAUCAAUAAUCACUUUGGAAUCACCUUUGAACCUCGUCUCCAAGAAACCCAUCUCCAGGCACCACUGGAUCACUUCCCUGAGAACCAAGAGCUCAACUACCAUAGGAUCAUCAAUUUGGAACCCCUAGCCAAAAUGACCUACCCAUCUUGGUCUUUGAUAAUCAUCCCCCCACUGAGUGGGACCCACUCUUUGUUGCCUCAUCCCACAUACAGGUAAUAGGAUAAGGAUUAUCUAAACUUACGUUACUAUCUCGUGGGGCGCAAGGCCGCACAAUAUCGUCCAUUGACAAAUUAAUCCAUUCAUGGUACUAUUGGUUAUACUGGCACAUCAAAACUGGGAUCUCAAAUUGUUUGCCCUUAUAGACAACCUAAUUUCGUGACUGCCACAUCCGCUAAAGGAAUGCGACAAUUGCCAUAAAUUGAUGAGGUUGAUGUAUAAGAGCCAUCAACUUUUUCAGGAAAAGCGGGAAAGUAUGACGAGGUAACCCUUGACCAAAAUGUUCAAGGCAUAAUGAUCCCAUAAAGAUCUUAGAUGGCUCGCUUGGAAGCACAAACUCAAACAGCCUGUGCUUUGCCUCCGCCACCCUAAUUUGUCUGUUUCCUUGCCAGGGUAUGUUCACUAUUUCUCGUAGCUCUGCCACACUGACUCUAUUGUCACUGAAAAUUCACCCCAGAGAAAUUGGUGGAUUGAACUUCCUCAAGAGAAAUUGCACAAUUUGGUCCUCCGUUACGUGAGCCAUGGUAUGUGCUUGCACAAUGUUCAGGAAAAUCAGUAUGUUACUCACCCUCCCUGUUAACCCCCUUCUCGGCGAUCGGAAUCAGCCUGCUCGCAAAUUCGCAUGGGUUAAAGGAGAAAGAAUUGGGAAAAUUAGGUCGAGUAGCAUGAUCCAGAAAUUUUGGGAUUAUUGAUCCAAAAUGAUCAUCCCUUUGCGUACCCGAGCUGGGAUACCACUUGGAGGAUACGACUCUACUAACCGCUGCCAAAAACUACUCUCUUCGAUUACGUGUUGUGAGAGCAUGGGGCUUAAAGCUGGAUAUUAAAUAGGUUAGAGAAUUAUAUUUCAUUCCAAGCAAUGGAAAUCCCACACGGCAAAGAACUCUUUGAGUUUGAGGUGUACAGGGAUUCGGUCUUUGAAUAUUUUGAUAAGAGAUCCCCCAUUUCUAGGACACAAAAUUCGGGGUUGUUAUCUCACUGAUAUGUUAGGCCCUGCCAUUCCACCGUAUCAACAAUGGAUUUCCGGCUUCUCUCCAUGCACUAGUCAUUUGCAGCGACUAUACUGCUGUCGGUGGUUGAUUUUGACACACCCUAGACGACUCUUUCGCCAGUUAUGUCGCCUUGGAUGAUACGUACCCCAGAGUCGUUUUCGGCGGUAGGCGAGGAUUGGGGAUUAGUCAUCCCCCCUUCUCUGUCCAACUAUUAGGGGUGGGAUUCCGGUUUCGGGUUUUCGGUUUAAACCGAACCCGAACCGGCAAUACUGUUUUUGGUUUUCGGGUUUUCGGUUUCAACCCGAAACGAGAUACAAAACGGUUUCGGUUUAUGUAACCCGAAAACCGAUACAAACCCGAAAGUGCCUUUUACGGUGACGUUUGGGAUAAUGGACCUCUAGCCUCUAGGGUUCGAUCUCCAUCUCCUUCACUCCUUGCGAGUUGGCGACUUGCGACAGACAGACUGCUCGAGUUGCGACUUCCGACCGACGACUGCUCGAGUUGCGACUUGCGAAUGACGACUGCUCGAGGUCGAGGCUUCGCCGCUUCCCGGAUCAGGAAACCCUCAACGCCCUCGCCGCCAUCGCCCAUCAGCCUCCUUGCUCGAGGAUUUGCCGCUUUGGAGAUCGAGAAACACCAAAACAGAGCCUCCCUUCUCAGCUUCUACUUCUACCAGUUAAACUCCUCGGCCCUCGCCGCCAUCAACGUCCUCGCCGGCGCCAUCAGCCUCGAGGGGAUCUCCGACUUUGCCUUUCCUCCGCCUCCCAGCAAUGCAGCAACCCAUAUUCGAGUCUUCAAGUUGGUCAAUUUGCCCAUCAAGGCAGCCACCUAUCUAGGCUCGAUUCUCAUCUUCCCAGACUACUUCCCGCAGUCGUAUCUUCAGACUUCAAUCAUGAAUAUGGCAUCCCAGAAAGCAUUCUUUUAUUUCAGGCUAAAUCAUCAGAACCAUGUUGCAAUUUGGACAGGCUCUCCUGUACUCGACACACUCUGUUUCUCCCUAAACCGAAACCCAGACUCCAGAGGCCAUUUUCGUAGCGAUUUAGAGCUUUUUUCCCUCGUUCUUUUGUUCAAUGCUUUUGGGUUCAGAGGGGUACAUUAGACAUGUGAGCUGUGGCAGGUUGAUGAUGUUGCCUUCUCAAUCUCAUGAUCGACUUUCUUUGUUUAAUUUUCUUUGUUUCGGUUUGUAGUUGGGUUUCGGUUUAGGGAGAAACAGAGUGUGUCGAGUACAGGGUUCGAGGGGCAUCUAUGCUCUGUUUUUAUGAAGUUUCUUUUACUGGGAUGUCCGAUUUUUCUUUGAUUGUUCUAUGUGACGGAGAAACUUGGAAUUUAUCAUGAUUUGAAUUAAUACCGAAGACCUCAAAUUAGGCUCUUCUUGCUCACUGUUAGGCAGAGCAACACUUUUAUUUGCUAUGGUUGGGAGUUGGUUAUGUCUACAGGAUUUGUAUUGUAUGCUCUCACUGUUGCAUAAUUGAUUAAGCUUGAUUCAUGGAGUAAUAAGCUUAUGAACUCAACCAAUGAAGUUGUAAAAGUUGAAUGAAAAGAAGAGUAAUGUCUUCAGGCUCUAGGAAUGCCAUCUCAUCUUCUUCGCUCUGUGCUCAGUUUGUGAUACAGAGUUCUGAAGAACUAUAUUCCAUUAGAACUAUAUUUAUCAGAAAACAAGUAUUAUAAGAACCCGGGGGGACUAAAAUAGUAAAACACCAGGCUGAAAACAUAGAUUUAUGUUGGUGGUUGCCAAGUCUGUUAAGUUUUAUGCUAAAUUCCAUUAGACAUUCCAUCCUACUAUGUUCUUCUAAACUCACGUGUUUUAUUUUGGCAGGGAGAGUGAGGGUGAUGAAGUGGUAUUUCAAAAUGGUAAAGACUUAAUCUUUCUUUCUCUUUAUUCUUAUAUUUGUUAUCUCGAUCAAGUCAUAUUCUAACAAGUUGUUAUUGUUUAUGUUAUCCAGUAUAUGCAGCUUUUCAAGCUUGGAGUUCAAGUGCACCUGCGGGACCUAGCGGAAGCUCUUGUGCAGAACCUAGUGGAAGCUCUCCUGCUACCAUGUUUUGGUCUCGAGUCCUACUAUGUGACAAGUGGAAGAAGACUAUGUCGACGACAAUUCUGAUGAGAAUGAUGAGACUUAUGUAGAUGUAGAGCCUAAUGAGGAGUGAUAAUGACAGUAGUGUUUAUCUUGUAUGGUGGAUGAAUUUUUAUUUUACUUGGAUGUUAUCAUUUGAGAAUUGUAAAACUAAUGUGUUUAAUUACGAGUUGAAGAUAAUCUCAUCUAUGAUUGUCGGUAUUUUAUGUUGAACAAAAUUAUUUAUAAUUUUGCGCCAAACACCAAACAUUUUUUUUGCAUAUGAUAGUUGAUAUACCUUCAAUUUUGGACCUAUGGUAUUACUAAAACAUUUAAUUAUAUGAAAAUCCACAAUUAAAUGGCCCAAAAGAUUGCAUUACUUAACAUAGCAAAAUAAUAUAUGAUUAUGCCCAAAAGGUUGUAUUACUUAACAUAGCAAAAUAAGAUAUGAUUAAUUUA